GUGGGAUCAAGCCAGUGAGCUAACGAAAACCCAGCGCUCUAAGGCCAAGCGAAACCAAAAUGGCGACUGCCGGUCCAGCUGACUCGGUGUCGACGGCUCCUACAGGAUCCAGUGGAACCCGAAAGGUUGGAUCUCCAGAGGGGGCAGGGUCCUCAGGCACUUUUCAGAGCAUGAAGAAGACCAUUGGUCACCGGGGGGUGGACCCCACAGGAGAGACCACCUACAAGAAGACUACUUCCUCUGCCUUGAAAGGUGCCAUCCAGCUGGGCAUUGCUCACACAGUGGGCAGCUUGAGCCAGAAGGCGGAGAGGGAUGUUCUCAUGCAGGAUUUCGUGGUGGUGGAGAGCAUAUUCUUCCCCAGCGAGGGCAGUAACCUGACACCAGCCCACCACUACAGUGACUUCAGGUUCAAGACCUAUGCCCCCAUCGCCUUCCGCUACUUCCGAGAGCUCUUCGGCAUCCGGCCAGACGACUACCUGUAUUCCCUAUGUAAUUAUCCCUUGAUUGAGCUGUCAAACUCCGGGGCGAGUGGCUCCCUGUUCUACGUCUCCAACGAUGAUGAGUUCAUCAUUAAGACCGUGCAGCACAAGGAGGCAGAGUUCCUGCAGAAACUCCUGCCCGGAUACUUCAUGAACUUGAACCAAAACAAGCGCACACUCCUUCCCAAAUUCUAUGGCCUGUACUGCGUGCAAGCCGGCGGCAAGAACAUACGUAUCGUGGUGAUGAACAACCUGCUUCCCCGUGCCGUGCACAUGCACCUCAAGUACGACCUCAAGGGCUCCACCUACAAGCGCCGGGCAUCACCCAAGGAACGCGAGAAGGCUGUCCCCACCUUCAAAGACCUGGACUUCAUCCAAGACAUGCCUGAUGGGCUUCUGCUGGAACCCGACAACUAUAAUGCCCUGAGCAAGACCAUCCAGAGAGACUGCUUGCUGCUGCAGAGUUUCAAGAUCAUGGACUACAGUCUGCUGAUGGGGAUCCACAACGUGGACCAAGCCUGCCGAGAGCAGGAGGGUGUGGGCGCUGAGGCCGCUGUCACGCCGGACCAGAGGAGGCCGCAGGCCCAAAAAUCCCUGUACUGCACCGCCAUGGAGUCCAUCCAGGGGGAGGCGCGGGGCAAGGGCACGGUGGAUUCAGAGGACCAGUUGGGAGGGAUUCCGGCACGCAACAGCAAAGGCGAGCGAUUGCUGGUCUACAUUGGCAUCAUCGACAUCCUGCAGUCGUACAGGUUUAUUAAGAAGUUGGAGCACUCAUGGAAAGCCCUAGUUCACGAUGGGGACACUGUAUCAGUGCACAGGCCAGGCUUCUAUGCAGAAAGGUUCCAGCAGUUCAUGUGCAACACAGUCUUCAAGAAGAUUCCAUUGAAGCCCUCCCCCUCGAAGAAGUCUCGGGGUGGCGGUCAAAGUGGGCUGCGGAGGACAGCCACUACAGGCGGAGGACCCGGCCCGCAGUCUCACACAGCCGCAAACUCUGCAGCCGACACCCGAUUGGUCUAUCACCCUCAUUUCAACCAAGCAGAGACGGAGGGCGAGAGUGGCAUGCAGUCAGGCCGUCCUGACCUCCUCCCGAGGACCCCUCCCCUGGAAGCGGUCAUCAGUGACUCUGUGGAAACAACACUCUCCAACUCAUCAUUGGGCAGCACAGGCCUCGCUUCCACCUCUCCCCCCCUGAGGGCAGUAGGAGUGGAAGUACACAAGUCAGCCAACACAGACCAAGACCAUAGUACCCCCCACAGUGUUGAAGCCGCCACUUCAGAAGAGCUUGCAGCCAAUGAGGAUGCAGUUUCUCUCAAAGACAUUGUUCCUGAGACCAACAUUUGAUUUAAAACAGAAGGAGAAAGAGUGGUCAUGAAAAGCCUGGAAUUGCUGAUAGUGAAGAGACAUUGGAGAGAGAGAGAGAGAGAGAGAGAGGAGCAACUCACAAAAUGAAAAGGAUGUUCUCCUCUCUCUGAGAGUUGUUUUUGGGGGAAGCAUUCCUGAACCCGCAAAAGGGGGACAGAGGGACAGCGGUAAAAGGGAAAUUGGAGUACAUGAGCUGAAGAGAUGGAAACUGGGCUGUCUACAGGCUAGUCCAGCCCAACACGGGUGUUGCUGCUAGUAAAUUCAACUACAGGUGCUGUAUUAAAUAACUAAACUGACUAAAGAUGUCCAAAUCCUGCACACAACCCAUGGCCUUAAAGACAGUCACACAGUGUUAGACACAAUGUGAGUAUCUAGUACAUCUGUUGACUUUUAACAAUGUGUGAUGCAAGUUUGAAACCCUUACGUAAGACAGUGCUGUUUUCCCCCAACAAUACAUGGUUUACAGCAGUACUUUCUGCAGAAUACUUCUAUUUGAAGAGGAACCAUGUUUUGACUAAAAAUAAAUAGAAAAGUAAUUGAUUGUAAGGAACAAUUACCUGGCAUCAGAAAAGCAAAUGAGCCAGUUUUUAAAAAUGUAAAUACUGUUAAAAUAAUCCA